AUGCGGCUGGCGCUGCUCUGCGCCGCGUGCCUGCUGCCCGGCAGCCCGGCCCUGCCGCUCGGCCCGGGCCCGGCAGGCGAGGGCGACCCGCGCUGGCAGCUGGCUCAGGACUAUCUCAAGAGAUUUUAUGCAUCUGACUCAAAAAUCAAGAAUGCCAAUAGUUUAGAAGUCAGACUCAAGCGGAUGGAAGGAUUCUUUCACCUGCCUAUAACUGGAAUAUUAAGCCCCCGUAUUAUAGAGAUCAUGCAGAAGCCCAGAUGUGGAGUACCAGAUGUUGCAGAAUAUUCAUUAUUCCCAAAUCACCCAAAAUGGACUUCCAAAGUAGUCACCUACAGGAUCAUGUCAUAUACUUCAGACUUACCACAUAUCACAGUGAAUCAAUUAGUGGCUAAGGCCCUCAAAAUAUGGAGCGAAGAGAUCCCACUGACGUUUAAGAGAGUUAGAUGGGGAACUGCUGAUAUCAUGAUUGGCUUCGCAAGAAGAGCUCACGGGGACUCGUAUCCCUUUGAUGGACCAGGAGCCACACUGGCUCACGCCUUUGCACCUGGGCCAGGCCUGGGAGGAGAUGCUCACUUCGAUGAGGAUGAGCUCUGGACUGAUGGCAGCGGGAUAGGAGUUAACUUCCUGUAUGUUGCAACACAUGAGCUUGGCCAUUCCUUAGGUCUGAGUCAUUCGUCUGAUCCUAAUGCUGUGAUGUAUCCAACCUACAGCAAAGAAGAUUCCAAGAACUUCAAACUUUCACAGGAUGAUAUCAACGGAAUUCAGAUGUUAUACGGAAAGAGAAAUUAUUCAAGAAAAAAAUAG